UUAUUGGUCAGGGGGAUUGAUGAGCUGCCCAUCGAUGUGGCAGGCCACGACGUCGCAAUCGCCGUCGUCAACGAUGAAGAGGAGGCCUCGCGCGCCGCCAACCUGAUGCAGCAACUUCUGGAAGGACGUGCCGUGAGCAUCACUCCUAUACACAGUCACACGAACACACACAUUAAGGGCGAGAGAGCGGAGGAAACCUUACGUGAAGAGCCGGUGUAGGUAGGCUGGUUGGUUGUAGGUGAUCGUCUUGGCGAGGUUGUGCAUAUCGCCAUCGGGGAGUAUCGGGGGGUAUGCGGCGUCGAGCAGGCCGCACAUCUCACACUCAUACAGCAACUGGUCCAUCUGAUCGCUCGUGGUCGUGGGAGGGGACAGUGUGGUGCCCUUGGGCAUGGUACAGCGACGACGCUCAUAGUCGACGAUCCUUCAAGCCACAAGGACAAGGAGAGGGAGGAAUGCGGCUGUCAAUGGCGGCCCAUGCGGUGCUCUUCUGUUGGUUGACGUCUUACUCGCUGAAGUGGUCGGCAGAUACACACACGACUGGAGCACUGUACCUGUCGACACCACACACGCAAUGUAUUCCUCUCUUCCUGUGAGUCUGUGGGUCCUCUGUGGCUGUGCGCUUACGUGUCGAAUAUGUUUCGCAGGCUGCUGGUGGUCUCUUGAAGGGUCGACUCAGUGGUGCUAAUGACCACGUCGGGUCGCCCGUUGCCCUCCGACACUCGGAUGGAGCGAAUGGACUCAGAACCACUCAUGGGCCGCAAGAAGGGACUGACCGCCUGUGACACACAAGCACCACAGAGAGGAACACGUCCAUCGACCCAGCCCGCUUUUCCCCUCCCGCCCGCCCCUCUCACCUUGAUGUCCCGCAUCACUCGGUCGUAUCGGGCCUUCUUGGCCGCCAUCUCCUGCGACAGCUCAGCUAACCUCCCAGCCAAUGUCUGGACAAUCCUCUCCAUGACAGCAACGAGGCCCUUGAGCUGCUCCGGCAGCGCAACGGCCGACAGGGAGGGCGGCAGGGUGCUGAUGUGGCCGUUUGCCAACUCGCCACCUAAUGCUGCAGGUGGUGAGAGCCAGAAGCGGAUCCAAUCACAGAUGCCACCUGCUCAACAAACAACACGGGCACACUUACUUGACCUGCAGAGUUCAUCGAUGUGGUCGCCUCAGCUAACCUCUGAAGAGUCCGUCCGCUGCCAUCUUCUUCAGCUGCUCCACGCCCUCCUCUCCGUCCGCCUGACGCGCCGCCCUAAGGACCAUCUGGAAGGCCCGCGGGUCGGCAUCGAUGAAGAAUCGGUCGUCAUCGUCCCUCGGUAAGCGGUGGUCCCACUUGCCUCGGAACAGCGAGGCCAUCACCGAUCCCGCCGCGCGUGUGAGGUGGUGGCGACGGACGGUGAACGGUCGGCCGCCCACGUUGACCUCCAGCUGGUCAUCAGCAUCUGCCGCCCCGUCAGCUGCACCACGUUGGCCAGAAGCAUGUCGAUGUCGUACGAUGCAUCGAUGCAUUUCUCCUCGGCCGUGAGCUCCUCCAGAAGGGCCACAAUCUGGUUGUCCAAUGCGCACAGGGCUGCAUGGCGAGAGAGCAGAUCCCGUGCCAUCGAGCUCAGCAAUGAAUCAAGGGCCUGAAAGACAGCAUGACAGAGAGAAGCAACAAGAUGCAAUGAGUUGAUGGUCCUGCCGUGGCGCGCUUCUCGUACCUGCCGGAAUCACGCGUCAGUCGGGGCGAAGGCGUGUGUGUCGGCAGCAGGGGAGAACUUCAUGCUGCUGAUGGAGCGAACAAGCGGGCCAUUCAUCGCUCAUCCAAAGGCAAGAUCGUCGACGAAAGUCCGAUCAGCGGGGGUUGCCAGGUGCGCCCCGUGCUGCGCCGCUAUGAAAUUCG